AGUACGGUUGGGCAAGCACCAUCAGUUGAGUAACACGUAUACACCAUUACACCAUGGCUGACCAUGGCCAGGGUCACUGAGCGUCCGAUAGAGGCAGCCACAUGUCUGCCGCAGGCUGUUCGGCUCUUCGGGUCUGUCAGUCAGCUAAUGGGGAAGGUUACGGUUGGUUAAGGACGUGAUGCACAAAGGUAGAGGCCGAGUGGACUGCGCUCGCUCGCAGUUGCCCGUAGGUCGCCCGCUAGUUUCCCGCACCGUAGUUCAACACGUAUAAGGUCGCUUGCCGUGGUGGCCGGGGGAGUGUGGCCUCAACAUCGAAAUUGUGCGUUUGAAAACCGUCGAUGUACUGUGGACAGACGCAACCGGUGCAGCUGAAGAAGCAAGAAAGUUUGCACUAGGCUAGGAUUUGAAUUGCGUCUUCUUUUUCGAAAAGGUCAUUGCUGUCAUCAUCAAUAUCAAAUAUGCUGUGGUUUCCUAAAAGGAGAUUAAUGAAAAGGUAUCAUGUUGCAUUUUAACUAACGUCGACCUUUGUGUUCUAACUGCAUGCCUUGUUAGGCCACUUUCUAGUCUGGUUUCUGGUUUAAGUCUAUAACUGAGUUGUAGUCUUGAAUUAAAACAGAGGCCAUGUCUGCAAUUAAGUACAUCCUCCUGCUGGUCAUUAUCCCAAUGUCCCUGUGGUAUUGGGGAGAAAUCUUCAUUUUGUCGAUGAGACUCUCUCUUGGAGUUGUUUUUGUCAUAUUUAUACUCGUCCCUCUAAUAUUUAAAUACACAUACAGCUUGCAAAGAAGUAUGGUAUUCCUUAAUUUUGUUACAUGGCCUCGCAAUGCUGAUUAUAACGCUCCUGAAAAGUAUGGCCUAGCUGGCACUAAAAAUUUUUAUGUGACAUCAGAUGAUGGUGUAACUCUUGGUGUUUGGCACACAUUGCCAGCCUCCAUGGAUAAUGAGAAUGUCAGUAAGGGAAAUUUUGAAGCAGCAUUGAGUCAUGGUGAACCAGUUGUUCUCUACAUGCAUGGAAACUCCGGUUCCAGAGCUAGCCCACACAGAGUGGAACUCUACAAUGUUCUCAGGAACCUUAACUAUCAUGUUAUCAGUUUUGACUACAGAAGUUAUGCAGAUUCAACUGAUAUUGAACCCACAGAAGAAGGUGUGGUGGCUGAUGGAAAAUUUAUGUAUAGAUGGUUAGAAAGAAGAGUAAAAUCAUCUCCUUUGUUAGUGUGGGGUCACUCAUUGGGCACAGGAGUUUCGUCACAUGUACUGGCUGAUUUGGCCAAAGAAGGAACACAAGUUUUAGGCCUUGUUUUGGAAUCACCAUUCAAUAAUUUAAGAGAUGAAGUCAGAGAACACCCUUUUGCAGCACUCUUUAGACAUUUACCAUGGUUUGAAAUGUGCUUUCUGGAACCUAUUCAUGCCAACAAAAUUCAGUUCACUUCAGAUGAGCAUAUUACUCAUUUCUUGGCUCCUAUUCUGAUUCUUCAUGCAGAAGAUGACCUCGUUGUUCCUUACUUGUUGGGUAAAAGAGAGUGGGGGUAGGUCUUGCAGGGCUUCAGAAAACAUGUACGUGUAAUCUCCGUAAUACUCCAAGGAAAAAUGACGGUUUUAGACCAUUUAUAAGAAAAUCCUGUAAGUGUACCACAACUGGUUAGGGAAUUACCCUAUAGGGUUGCAUCAAACUGGUUUAAGAUCAAAACUUAGAAGUUUGCGGAUUGUGAUGCAUGUGGGAAAUUGGAUGCACCAGCAACAUAUAACCCAUCUUAGCANCUGUAUAAAACUGCAUUGGAGUCUCGUCCUAAUGGUUCUGGACCUGUAGAGUUGUUAGAUUUGAGAAAGUAUGGGUAUGGCCAUAAGUUUAUCUGCAGAGCUCCUGAACUCCCUGAAAUAGUGAAAGACUACUUUGAACAGUGCAUACAUGGUAGAAUAAAACAGUGAUGUUUGAUAUCUGGGAAGCUGCAGGAUGAUAGUUUCUGCAUUUUUUAUCGUGAUUGAAAACUUAACAAAGUUGAAGUUUUAUAUGCUGGGAGUUGAUAUUACUACAGUUAAAAUUGUGAUGAAGCCAUGUGGUUUUUUAAGAUUCUUACCUUGUGAUAGCAUUUUUAUAUUGCUUACCUGUGUUUGGAUAUGCAGUAUUAGAAAUGAUUUUUACUAGUCUAUGCUUGUAUAUUUUUUACAUUCCAAGAAUGAUAGAUAAAAUAUACUUAAUCCCAAUGACAUGAGUACAGGCCACACAAUAUAAGUUGAAUUUUUAAAUUGAAAUUUUCUCUCAGUUGCAGUUGGCUGAUACAGUAUUUUACUUCUCUUUAAGUUGUAAUUGCAAGAUGGAAUUUAGGAAGUUAUUGUAAUGAAAUAUUAAUUUUACUGUUGGUUACAUAAUUUAAUUACUCUGUCAAAGCACUUAUAAAUAGAAUUUACAAAAUGAAAAUAAUAUGAGAAAGAGUUCCAGUUGAUCUGAAUGUUGUAACUCGUUUGUCAGUUAAUAUUCUUAAAACUUCUGUGAAUGAAGUAGAGAAAAAUGAUAGUGUUGCAAUUUAUUAAAAUGGUUUAUAUUGUUGAGUUUAUUGAAUUGGGAUUGUAGAUUGCCAAAUUGGUUUUGUAAUUUGAAAUUACAGUGCAAUUUUUCUACUCUGCCUCUCAAGGCCAUACUUCAUAGUGGCAUUAUAUCAUGGUAUUUUGCGGCUUUCUUGGUCGUGCCACUAGAUGCAACAACAUGAUUACAACCCUAUCCAGUACUGCUAUAUGUUCUCGAUUAUGCGACAUCUAGCGAACAGCCAGAAAAAAAACACAUAAAAGAGUGACAUGAUGCCACCGUGAAGUACGGCCUUGGGGGCAUUUGAGGGGCAGAGUUAGAAAAAUUGCUGUGCAGUCUUUUGUGACUGUAGUGAUGAAUGACCUCUGUCGUCUGGAAAUUGACAUCAUUAAGCAGUAAUAAGUCAUUUAUGUACUAAAUGUUAAAUUUUCAUUUUCUUGAGUAUUUUGUUCAUUUCUGGUGUUUCUAAUUUGAGAUAAAUUUAAGAUGGUGAUUUAUGGCUAUGGUCUUAAAAUGUGUAAUAAAUGUUUUCAAUUAUUGUGUUGGCAAAAAAUGUUUGAUAAUUAAGGCUUGGACUUUUAGGUAAAUACAUAUUUUUCUCCCUUAAUCCUGAGCAUUGAAAGUUAAGUGAAAUUUCAAAUAGCUCCCCUGUAGUUUUCAUAUAUCAAAUUUAAUUACACCAAAAGAUAAAUAUUUUUGUCAAAACACAUUAUUUUCCUACAUUUAAUGUGAAAAAUGAAUAUUUUGAGUAUUUUCAAGUUCACACAUCACUUGUUACUUGGAAUUGAGGGCUAUUAUCAGCAAUACUGUCACUUCGGGCAUGGAUAUGCCAAGCAAUAACGUACUCGUAGCACGAAUAGCUCUUGCACUUCCUCGUAAUGCACAGACAAAAUUUUCAGAGUAAUAAAGAGUAUGACUUCAGGUUUUUACUUCAAGUCUUCUCUUGAUCUUCUGUACGGUUUUUCAUCUGAGAAAUAAAAAAAGUAUUAUUAUUUUAACCCACAUUUUUCACUUUUUAAGCACAUUAAAAGUAUUUUUUUUAGCACCUAAAAGUCUGAGCCCUAUUUAUAAUUCUCAUACCUGUCAAUUUUGGUAGAUGAAAGAACAAUUAAUUUUGAAAGUAAAACAUCUCUUUAAUAUAUUGUGAAAUGUAGGAAAUAAAUUGCGGUACUAUAUGUGAAAAAUGACCUUUUCUUGAAUUUUUGGCAGAUCCUAUUUUCUUACUAUGCUGUUGUUUUGACACUUUUAAGAACAUUUAUCAAGGAACAUAUUGAAAUACAUACAGAAAAUAUUAUAUAAGCAGUAGUGUGACCAGUACUCGUGUAUUAUCCGUACAGAAUAAAAUUUGCAAGAUGUUUCUAAAGUUAUGAUAGUGUAGAUGCUGUUUGCAUUGCCUUCAGAACAGAGUGCAAGUAGGAGCUGGGUCAAUUAUCUUUGUUUGUUCUUUUCUGAUUCUUAAUUAAGGACUUUGUGUCAGAAGCAUUGUGUUCAAACGUGCCUUAGGGAGAGAGAGAGAUAGAAAAAAAGUUUACUAUCAUUUUAGUCUAAAUUCAAAGUAGUAAUUUGAUAGGCUAAUGGUGCUUUUAUUUAUAAUUAGAUUCUGCUAUAAGUUGAAUAUUUAACCUUCAACAUAUAAAAUAAAAUUUUUACAAGAAACCAACUUACAACAUAAAGGUUAAGAAUGCAAUGUGUUACUGGGCAAACUUGUCAUGGCAGUUUGGAAUAUAAUGCAUUUUGGCCCUUAGCCCAGUAUUUUGAUUUUGAAUUGCAAUGGAGUGUUGUACUGUCGUGAUAGCAUUUGGUGCUUUGCAUUAGUUGUUGCAUUCAGAAAUAUUUUGUUCUGUAUUAUUUGCCCCAAGACCAUCAUAAUGGCAUUUUGUUAAGUUUUAAAUAGCAGCUAUUUUGCCAGUAAAUCUACCACAUGAUUCAUUGGAAUUUUCCUAGAGCGUCUUAUAACAAAUGUAUAAAGGAUUUUGAAUACUUUCAUAGUAACUUCACUUUCAACAUGUAAAGACAAUGGAUUCUACUAAGUUAUCUUACUAUUCUCCUUCCUUACGAAACAUUCCCCCUUUGCUCUAUUGUUCGUUCAUUUAAAAAUAAUCACUUGUGAUACAUUUUGUAGCUUGGGCUCAGGCUUAAUAGGUCCAUUGUGAAACAUUUUUAGAUAUUUGAAAAUGGCUAGAUCAAGUAAUUAUUUCAUUUUUGUCCAAUUUUGAGAAUUCCAUUCAAAAAUUGAUCCUUAAGACUUGUUAGUUAUUAGAACUAUUGUCAUUAUUAUCAUCCUGAAAUAUGACCAAGUUAUUAAUAUAUCUUUGAAUUUGUUCCUAUUUUUAUUAAUUAAUAUGUAAGAUUCUUAUAUACAUAUUUGCUCAUAUUUCUAGUCUCCAAAGUAAACCCUUUUCUACAUCUCCAAUUUAUGUUAAUUCAGGAAGUAAUAUUUGAGUCUCUUAAAUACUUUGGGAUAAUGUUACAUUACAGCAUUUUAUUAGAGAAAGUUCUUUUAUUCUGAAUAUGCAGUUGGAAAGUUGGGAAAAGACAUGUGUUUGUAUAAAGUCACUAAGAAUGUUUGAUAAUACACAACAUAAAGAAUAAAUUUAAGUAACCCUCAAAACUUGGGUAUUGAAAUAUUGAAUUGUUUAAAUCAUACUUCUGAAAUUAUUUUCACAGUCGUGUUUGGAUUGUGGUAUUUAAUUUUGCUAUAUUUUUUCUGUUUACAAUUUAUACAAUUUAUUUGUUUUAAUUGGCUUGAAACAUUUCUUAAAAGUUUGAACCAUACUAAAAGAAUUUUCCACAAGGUUUUUUUUCUUGUUCCGUACCUAUAAAAUAAUAUCUGAACCUAUAACAAAUUGUUUGUAACUAGUACAAAAAGUUAAUCAGAAUUUUUUUUUUAAUGACUUAAUUUAAAUUGCAAUAUCUUCAGAUGAUAAUGGACUUUACAUUUCACUUUUCUUUUAGAAAAGUUGUUUUGUAUUAUGAUUUUAAUAAAAAAGAAAUGGGUACAAAAAUACCCUUGUAUUUACUACAUUUUUCUGCUUCAUUUAUUACAUCAUCUAAAAAUCAGUGUGGCAGAAAAUUGUGACUUGUUCUGAAUAAGACAUUCUAUCUUGGCUUUGAUUAUUUUAUUCUUGAUGCAAGACACUGUCAUGUAUAUACAGCACUUUUGCUUUGUUACAAUUCUCAAAUUUAGUUUGAAAUGUGUAACAAUGAGUUCUUUAAUGUGGAUUAUGUUGGGACCAUUCUCAUGAAAAGGAGUGACGAUACAAUAAUCAUGAAGAUAAAUUGUCUAACAAUUUGUUGUUGGGAAAGAAUUAUUGCUUGAAAUGUUAAUGAGAAGAUAAUUAUCGCUCAAAUAUAAUUACUGGAGUUAAUCCUUCAUACCUAAGAUACUAUAGAUAAAAGCUUAAUAGCUAAAGCACGGAUAGCAAUGUCACAAGUAAUAAGUAGAAGUUGUAUUUAUUUUGUAAUUUCUGUUAAGGCUCAGAAGAUAUAAUUAUCAUGUGUGGUUGUAUGUUAAAAAAGUUUCAAGGUGUUGCUAUGGGUUGCAGACUUUAUGAAAGAAGGUGUUAUAUAUUGUCCGAAGAAAGUGAUUUUAUAAUAUCUGGUGUAAUUAUUGCAGUGCGACAGAGAAACACUGAGUGAAAAUGGCAUGCUUCGUGAAAAUAGCAAUUAAAUUAUUGGUAUGUAUGGCCCAAAUAAGAGAAAUUUCAUUAUGGAAAAAAGGAAGAUUAUAUUCUUUAUUUUUUCAACUGGCUGUAGGAGACCCCUGCAAAGAACGAAAUUGUUGUUAGGUAGUGUGCCUCUUCUGUUGCAGUAGUUAUAGUGAUUUUCAAGUUUUUCCAAUAGUGCCAAGGCUGUUUCCUUCUCUUUAAAGA